UUCUCCAGGUGGUAGGUGUUCUGUGGUUCGACCAGCCGCAGAGAACACCCAACCCCACUUCCAGCGUGUCCUCCUGGCUGUGCUGCUCGUUUAGUUGUGCAGCCAUGUUUCCGAGGAUGGUACUUUAUUGCGUUGUGCUACUCAUCGUUACUAAAGUCAGCUUUGCUGCACCACAUAAAUACAACUGCACAGACCCUUUCGCAAAUGCAACAGAUCAUAUUCAGCACUUUGCGUGCACAACUAAUAAGACAUACAAUUUUUUGUUUAAAUCAAAUGGAACAGGCUUGUACCUUGACAUGAAGGUAACAAUGUUCUUGGGAGAUACUUUCACCUUGAGCAGUGGAACUGGAAAUAAGUCUAGAAACAUCACAAGCCUGAAAGGAGAGCAGCAUUCAUAUGCUGUCACUUACUUCAUUCCUGAUGAAAGUGUGGUAAUUUCUACCACUUUAAAUGGAAGCAUGAAGGGAUUACGAACAUUCAGUGGCAUGUUUCAUGAAGGUUGCAAUGCCACUGUAUCAUCAAGCACCCCAGUAUUCCAUUUUCCUGCUUAUGUCAGUGGCAGCGAGGUUGUGGUAUGCUACAUCACAAUCCAUGCUUCGAAUGCUAAAGAAAAUUAUGCCUAUGCAUCGCUGGACUCAGUCAACUUAAAGGGAAAAAGCAGCCUGAGUAUAACAGGGAAACCAGCAGUCUUUCCUGCCGAGUUGAAAGCGGGAGAUGCACCUGCAUUCGACUUCAUCGCCACAGAACUGCAAUUUGCUCUUGCCUUGGACCUGAGCAUUGCAAAUCAAUCUUUCACUAUCCUGCUUGACUCAGUUUACAAUAAUUGCAGUGGCAUGACUGAGAUGCCAUCAGUUGCUGCACAGACACUACUUCUACCAACAGCCAACAUGAGUGACUACCUUCUGCAGCGUCUAAACUGUCGCUGGAUAAUCCGUGGACCUCAGAACAAUGUCCUUGGCCUAGAAAUACUUGGUUUCUCUCUCGCUGGCACCCAGGACCUUUUAGUUAUCACAGACGGUGGCAGGAGAGACUCGCCUGUUGUUCUGCAAGCUUCACCAUGUGAUGCACGGCAGGUUACUGACCUUGUCUAUAGUACCUCUAGCAGGUACAUGUGGAUUUCAUUGACCAUUUCUGAAUACAACACCAGCGACACCUUUGCUGCUAGAGCCAGUGUAUCAGCUGAAGGAGGGCACUUCUAUGAUGGGGCUACCAAUGUCUACAUUACUGAAGCAAGCAAGGAAUCAGUUUAUCUCCUUGAAGUAAAACCAGAGAAGCAGGUCCUUCUAUCUGUAAAGGCAUCAUUGAAGAGCAGUGCUUCAGUUGAGGUGGUGUCAGACUUCUACAAAAAUGGUGCAGUGCUUCAGAAGUUUUCUGCAGGAACUGAACCAUACCCUGUGGCGUCUCUUAACAACCGGCUGAUGCUCCGGGCCAAAGGCUUUACGAAGGAGGACACCUUUACAUUCAAUUUUACUGGUGUUGAGCCAGGUUGUCAUUCUACAACUCUUGGCACAAGAGGAUUUUACAGCUUAUCUAACACAUGCAGUGCUUUUUGCACAUGGGCCAUUAAUCCUUCAAACAGCUCAGAAUACAAGGAAAAGUUUACCCUGACGCUUAACCAUCUGGACCUUGACAAAGAUGACACUGUUUCAAUAAGUUCCUUAUCUCAGCCACACAAGCCAGUGCUUCUUCUAAAUGCUUCAUUUUCUGCCUUGGAACCUGUAGAAAUGAGCUCCAUUGAUGGUGCUUAUGUGAUAAUCACACGCAACAAGUGUGUUCAGGCAAAUAGGACAGUUGCUUCUGGCUCACUGUCUGGUGUCAUUGGUUCAAGCUUUGCUCCAAAAUUGAUGCCAGGAGUUGCCUACUCUUUCAAGUCUCCCAUGUUCCCUAACCAAUAUCCACUGAAUAGCACGCGCUCAUGGACAUUUAAUGGAACAGGCAUUCGUGGAUAUCACUUGACCUUCUCAUCAAUGGACAUUGCAAAGAACCAUACCCUCAACCUCAGAAGCGGGAACCAAUCAGUGCCAUUGACGGGGUCUGUCCUUCCAGCUGAUAUUGUCCUUGAAAAUUCAAUAUUGCAUGCAGAAUUUGCAGCUCCUGUUCAUCAAGGAUAUGCGACUGGAUAUGGCUUCGAUGCACUUCUAAUGCCACUGAAUAUGGUACAGGUUAUUGUAAAAGAAAGUGGCCAAGUGGAAACGCCAUCGUUCCCAGCCCUCCUCAAUGACAGCAAUACUAUAUUUUGGUCUAUCUAUGUUCCGAAUGUUGAGCCAAAGAAGAUGUCUGUGGCUAUUUUGUUCAAUGUAUCCCAUCACAAAUCUGCAAAAGCUCCAGGGACUCUGACUGUAUAUGAUGGGAACAGCGUUCGUAGCCCUGUUCUGGGUAAUGUGACUGGAGAAAACCUGCUGAGCCGAAGUGAUACUAUCCUGGUGAAACUCGUUACUGUAGGUGGCAAUGAAUCAGGUUCAGCUCUGCAGCUCAACUUCACCACUUACAGGUGCAACAUGUCUGAUACAUGUAACAACAGCAAAAUUUGUAUCCACGAGGAUUGGCGCUGUAAUGGUGUUAACGACUGUGGGGAUAACAGUGAUGAAGUGGACUGUGGCUAUCAUCCAACACCGUCCCCAUCACCCACCACGCCACCACCAGGACCUCCAUCCCCAUCCAAAGGUGUUUCGGUUGCAGCCUUUGUCGUCACAGUCUUGCUGGCUCUGGUUAUCGGAGCUGUUGGAGCUCUAUUUGUGCCAGUAUUGGUGCGACGGUACCGAGCCUAUCGGUAUUCCCGUUUUUCGAAUGUUGCAGUUUCUGAAUGACUCUGCACAUGUUUUUUGGGGUUCACUUGGGGCUGGCAGUUUUCUUUAAGUAAUAAGAGAUGUUGGGUGAGCUGCCAUGUCAGCCCCAUUGCCAGCACUCUUUGUGUAAUGUGAUAUCCUCGUGUUAAAAUUAGUUGAAAUGGGACAAACUUGAGCCCUGUUCUUUCAUCGUCAUAUGCAUUUAUUUUUGUGCUAUUCCUUUUGUUUUUAUUUGUCUAAAGCAAGGGUUCUCAGAUAUGAUGGCCCUAAGAAACCCUUAUUAUCUUCCCAUUACUUUUGGCAUACAAGGAUUAAGGAGUAGGUUGGCAAAAAUGCUGAUGCUAUUAAGACUUCCUGACUAAAUUUCACCGCCACGCCAUUGGAAUGUUAUCUUUAAUAUUGAAGGUCAACGCUCUUGAUGAGAAACUGUCUCUAAUACAUCAGAUAGGCAAUAUUUUUUCACACGCACUUCUACAUAAUAAACCCCAUGCCAGCUGUACAGUUAUUGCGUUAGACUUUGUUGUGUGCACAUUCAAUGCAAUUGGAAAGUGCCAGACCUACAGAAAUGCAUUUUGUGCAUAUAUGCCCGGGAUGUAAAUUUAAAGUUGGCAUUUUAAACUGCUAAUAUCAUCAUUUGUUGGCAACGUGCUCAACCAGGCAGACAAGGCCUUGGCUUAAAAAAUUUAGCAAUCAAUUCCUGUGCAUGUGUUGGAAACUGCAACAGGAAGCUUCAAUAAAAUGCCUCUAGACAAGUAAGUUGUAUGUUAACGAGAAUAAAAUGGAGUCUGGUUACAUUUGUUCUAACCACUCGCAAAACCUUAAAAUUCCCUUUAUAGAUCCCAGUUUGAGAACCCUUGGUGUUAAGCGUAAUAUCUUUUAAAUGACUUUCUUGGUUUAGUGUAAUUUUUUUUUUCGAGUUUUAUGGUUGUUGGUAGUAGAACUUUUCUUUUUUUCCUUUUUUUCUUUUGCACUGUCUGCAAAAUAUAAGGCGUUUUGCUGACACAACAGGCACCGUUUGUGAUAACUGUUGCUUUCUAGUGCCACGUUUUAAUACUAGACACUUUCUGAAUGAGUGUAACAUAUAUGCAGUGUGGUUUUGUUAUGUAUGUGAAUAAAAAUGUAUCCAAGAUUGUAGCUCAUUUGUACACUGUUACGCUUUCUGUACAAUGAAGAGACACUAAAUAAAAAUGAAUUUUCAUUCA